GCAACCUGCAGCAGCCUCCCAGCGACCUGUCAAGACCGCCCCUUUGUGACGCUGAUGAUAGGCACCGGUUCCCAGAUGCAGCCCCUCAUCGCCAGCCGCUUCCCGAGCUCUGGACGUGGUGGAGGCUGGUGUUGUGGGUCCUGUUGUGGGUGCUAGUAAACAGUUUUGCAUAGCUUAGGCAACGUUUUUGCUCUGCAAGCUGAUCUGGGGUCGAGCCGUCAGAGAUGCAGCCUGCCGGUAGCCACGUGUUCUCGUCGUCUGCUGUACUCCAGGCACCCCGAGAUGUCGUGUACAGAGCCCUUCAGAACGUCGGAAACUUUGAGCACCUUUCCUCCACGGCCAGCGGCCUCAAGAUGCUAUCUGCCAACGAGUUUGCCGGCAGGGGAAAGCCGUUGUUUUUGAGGGACGUGCUGGCUUUUAAGGUCACCGAAUGCAAGGCGCCUGAGAGACUGAGCGUGGUCAUGGAUGAUGGAUUUAAUGUCGUCCGGUACACCUUCCACCUGCAGUGCGUUGACAGCAAGAGCACCGCCGUCUCCUGUCAGGUGGAGUGCAGAACCAGGCAAGGCAGCGACUGGAGUGGUCCCUCAGAGCGUCUGGCCAGGAUGAUGGAGAAGCAGGAUGGCAAGCUUGCGCAGCGCCUGAAGGGUUACGUGGAGUCCACCAACCCUUCUGUGUACGUUUGCUGAUGUGACCACUUCAAGAGAAAAUCUGCUAUGCAGUCUCAGUAUGCACAGCCAAGACAAUCACCACUGCCGGCGGCAGAGUGCGUCUGUGGCACCCUCUGGGUGCAGCAGUCCAUUAUAACGAAUGAGAGUAUUGAGAGCAGAAGACUUUGUGAGAGCAUUGUUUACAAUUGCCUGUUUACAAUUGCCCAAAUGCAGUGAGAGAAGAAAUGCUAGACUUUAUCCAGUGCCGAUCGAUCAAUCGAUGAUGUGCACAGAACAAAACAAGUCCAGUAAUCCCAGCUGGUAGAGGAGCCAGGGAAAAUAGUUUUGUUGCUCAAUCUAUGCAUGAAACAAGUAGCAGAAAUAUAUCAGACCUGUCAUGUUGAUAUCGGCUCAGAAGUGCUCUUUCCACAUCCUUGAAGGAUCUCUUUUUGCUUUUUGAGGGGCCUGCUGUGCCACCUUGCAAGGAUGUCAUGGGUUUUGUGACUGACGUCACUAUUGCAACUUUAUAUCUAUGUGGUGGCUGCGACAUCAAUGCUCAUGUAUCUGGUGCCGUGGCUAAUGCCUAAGGGUCCAGAGGAAGUCAUUGGCUUUGGCACGAAGCCUUCCUUGAAGCUUCAGUUGAGCGUUGUGCUCUGAUCUUUACAAUGGCCAGUGUGGCUUGUCAGCCGUUGUCAGGACUACUGAGGAAUAUAUUUCAAUACCGGAGAUGAUUGUGAGAAACUUAUCAGUUUCUAAGUUUAUAAAUAAGGUUGUAUGUAAUGUCUCCGGAGAUCC